UACACUUAUAACUACAUGCACAUUUGUGGACACAGAGUGUACCACACAGAUGAGGUGUGAAUCUGAACUUGUCAAACCUGCAAGUUGUGCCAGCACUGGUCACAUUACCUGCUCCAUCUCAAUAGAAGGUGAUGUUACAGGAUUUCCAAUCAUUUGAUCAGGCAGGGCUGUGGCCGCCUUCUGACACUCAUGAUUCAUUUAAAACAGGAAGCUGCAAGCAUAGACCAGUCCCGUCAAGUCACCAUGGCUGCAGUAGUGAAGGGAGGGGGGUUGGUGUCUCUGGGGACCUGCUUCUGAAAAAGACACACCGGAAGAGAAGCAUCGUCCACGCAAGACCACAGCACAGCUGAAGCCAAAGAUCGCUCUUCUCCAUGGCUAGUUUCAGACAUCUCAUCUUACUUCUUCUCUACUGUGAUGGAAUGAAGACUGAAACAACCCCUUCCCCACAGUCUGAUCCUGUAAUUACAACACGAAAAGUUGUAUCCAAAGGUCAAAAUCAAGUCACUAUUCAAGAGCUUGCAAUCCUGAAACCCCAAACUAUAGAGCUUUCAUGUUACCUAACUGAUAUACCAAAUAACCCUCCGUACCUUACUGGCUAUUGGACUAAAGAUGGAAAAGGAAUUGUAAACUCUGAAGAAACUGUAAAUAGAACCAAUGAACAGUAUAUCCUUAAAAAGACUUUCGAUAUACUGGCCAAAGACCUGGGAAAUUAUUCCUGCAUCUUCAAAGAAAUUCAGACACAAGUAACAUUUGUUUUAGAUGUGCCUGUAAUAAAAGACAAAAGAGACAAGCCGAUAGUGAGCUACACUGGAGAUUCAGUUGUACUGGCGUGUAAACUCAAACAAACACCGAACACCUGGAACUGGUACAAGGCAAACAAUACUGAAAAGGGGCUCAUCAGUGUUACUGCAAACCCUCUGAACUACAAGAUCUUUAUUAAUGGAAAUGAAACAAAGCUGACUGUACUGAAUCUGACUGAAGAAGAUUCUGGGAAGUACAUAUGCAGCGCUGAGUUUGAUAUCAAACCCAGUGAGUCUUACAUAGAGCUGAAGGUCUUGUCGUAUAUUGAGCCUCUCAAGCCCUUCAUUGCUAUAGUGCUUGAAGUCAUUGUCCUUGUCACACUGAUUUUUCUCUGGGAAAAAUGCAACAAGCCGCAAAAUGACAACAUUUCUGCAGGAGAGAAUGAGCUCUGCUCUGAACAAAUCAGCAAACUCACUCGUGAUGACAGCAAUGGAGUGGAGAACAACACAGCAAGACAAAGAAAACUGGAGCACUGAGCUUUUCAUAUUAACAGUUGAAAAAAAAAGUGUUUGAUUAUGUAAAACAUAUUUCCCCCCUUUUUAAUCUUGUGGCUUGAAUCACAUAAGGUAACAAGCAAUAAGGUUUUUUUGGCCUAAACUAAUUCAGUCACAGCAAAAUAUAUAAACAUACAUUAUAUACACUCUGUAUAUUACAUAAACAUUUAAUGCAUGUUUUCAUAAUCUUCAAUACAGUGUUAUUGUCCAGGUUUAAGUGUUCAUAUGACCUUUUGAAAGUCAAUUUAAUAAUAAAAUUCAACAAAAGAAAAUACUUUUCUGAAGGCUUUGUUAAAGGAUUAAAUCGCUUCAUAUGAUGAAAAGUUGACAUUUCAAAUAGCUCGAUUCUUACAGAUUACUUUAUGAUAUAUUUUUGUACUUUGUGAUGUGUGAGAGCUUUUGGUUGCUUGGAC